AAAAUUGGUCUCUUUCCGGUAAUUUUGACACACCACGACAAGAGCAACAUGAUAAACAAAUAUGGAGAAAAAAAAACUCUAACAGAGAAGUUAUAAUCGAAGGAUGGCUAAUUCAGCUGCUAGAAAAGGAUACACGAGUGUGUUUUCUAAGAAAUUGGCUGCACUCUAUGUGAAGAAUUUGUAUAGUGACCACGUGAAGUCUGUUAAUAAGAAAUCUCUAUGGUGCUACGAAAAAUGGAGACUAGCGCCCAAAACUGGACAUUUAUGUAAUGAUAUUGUUAGUUCUUCUGGUUGGAAUAUCAACAUGUAUUACAACCAUGGCCAUUAAGCUGUAAAAGUGCAAUUUAAAAUGAAUCGUGACGUUAAAAAUCAGACUCGACGAAGUUAUUCGUUUGACAAAAAUCGCAACAUACCUUCAUUAUUACGUCUUGACAGUACUGGCGAAAUUUCAUCAGAAAACAGGAUAAAAACGGUUUCGAGAGUAAAUAGUGUGUGUAAUAAAACUUCAGUGGACAACAGAGACACUGCUUGUAUACAAAAUAUUAAUAGAAAAAUGACUUCAUGUAUUCAAUCCGCGUCAAAUUACCUUGGCAAUUUUUAUCCGCCACAGAGUGUAUCUAAUAGCUUAAUGACGAACAACAACAAAACUAAUUUGUUUGGAUACUUGGCUGACAUGUUUGGUUUAAAACCAUCUACUUCAUGUUGUUCUGAUAUCAUGCGCAAUAUGGAUAUGUUAAAUCAAAAUGUACCUUCCGAGUCAUUGGCAAAUAAAAGCCAGUGCACACCAUCUUCAUCCUGUCAGUCAAUAUUUGGUGCCAUACAUAGCAGGUUCAUUUCACCUAAAGAUAUUUACAAUUCUAAUAUGACUUUGUCAACAGGACAGAAAUAUAUCCCUCCUCACAAGAGGACGGGAACAAUGUUCAGCAACGGAAAUCAAGUUACUAAAACUCCUUACAAUGCUAGACUCCUUGAAAAGAGUAGACAGUGUCACAUCGCAGUGAACCCGAAUAUGCCUAAAAUAGUGCUUCAUCAAACACCCCAUGAAAGACCUGAUCCACCUGUUAUGCAACAGGAACCUCAUGCUGGUGAAAAUCAUUCUCCGAAAACGCAACUUCAAGUAGAACCAUUGAUUCAUAAUGCCAAGACUACAUGUACUCCAAAGAUUGAUGGUGAAAACAGGUCUCCAUCACCUACACUUGAUGUCAGAUUGCAUGAUGAGAAUAAAAAAACAGACUGGUUUGACUUUCCCUGUGUUCAGGCACCUCUUAUUCCAGAACAGACCGAACAAUCAAGGAAUGUUGAAUGCCCUAAAUCUGAAUGCAAUUCUGAUUCAGAACCUCAUGUACAUAGCUGGUUUAGUGUUGAAAAUGACAAUGAAGUAAAAAAAGUAUCAUCUGCAAAUUCUAGUCAAGUUGAAACAGCAGAAAAUUCUGCUAAGGCAUUGAUUCAUGAUGAUGAAAAAUGUAUUGAUAGCAAGAAAGAUGUUAAAAAUGUCCCAAUAUGCAUGAAUGUAAAAUGGGCUUUGAUUGGUGAUAAUGCAUUACAGAAACCACCCCAAGCAGUUGGUACACCCCAGAAAAGAUCACAAUCCUGUAAAAUAUUAAAACAAGAAGAUACAACUCCUGAAGUGUCAGAAUCAGAAUGUGCUACAGUUAAAACACAUUGUGAAAAGUUGGAAAAGUUAGCUAUUUGUGAUAGAAUUGCGGUACUUUAUAAUCGACAGAGUGGAAAGAAAAGCAGGCCCUCCAAAAAGAAAAGAACUAGACAGAAGGCUCAACAAAAUCAAACUAACAAAAGUACUCUAAAACCAGGCAGGGCUAUUCACCCAAGUAGUCCGGUGUCUUUCACUCUUAGUGUAAAGCCUGAGAUUUGUGUGAAUUUACAUGCAUUCCAAUUCAUCUGUGAUAGCGAUGACUCGGUCUCAGACUGGAGUGAUACUGAUUCUGAUUUUGAUGAAAAUUUCUCAUCUCUGGAGGAUGAUGAGCUUGGUCUUCGUUGCAAUGAUAUUGGCUCCCUUGGGAUCAUUAAAAUAUCCUGUGACAUCCCUAAUGGUCCAGAGAAGGAAUCACCUGAAGCCUCAACAUUCAGUGCCUUAGAUGCCAUCAACAAAUCCUGGCAACAGUGUGUAGCUAAUGUACCAACACCUGUCCACAUUGACAAAAAGGUCCACUUUGCCGAGAAGAAGCAGCUUGCCACAGUUCAUCCCAUCAUUGCCUGGAGUCAUGCCUAUGCAGCAGCUAGAAAAGGACCCUGGGAGGAAUUCGCUCGUGAUCGAGCCCGAUUUCAACGAAGGGUGCAAGAAAGUGCUAAAUUUCUAGAUCCCAUACUUGCUCAGUCACACAGAGACAAAAUUUUCACAGGGAGAUUCUGUACCAGCAAUUAAUCAGUAGCGUAAUUGAUCAUCAUCUUGAGUGGUAUUAAUUAAAAGGACAUGCUUUGGCGAAUGAAAUAGCAGAAUGAUUGUGAUACAUCAUGUAAAUUGACCACAUUCUGGUAUUUCUAAAACCGGUUCACAUGUGAUUGAUAAUACUGCCAGUAUGUUAAUGAAUAGUUUAUUUAGUAAAUAUUUAUACUUACUUUUGUUUAAGAAAUGUAUGUGUAUGACUAUGAAUAAGAUAAUUUAGUUUUCGUAUUAAUUUUGUUUUGACGAUUUCAGUCUGUCUGCAUGUAAACUUAGAAGCUUGUUAAAGAUGCUAUUUUGAAUGGAAGACAUGCAUGUGAAAGUGUACCUGAACAACAUUUGUACAUGUAUGUAUUGUUUAACUAAAGGAUUGUGAUCUGCUUAUUUCAAAUUAUAAUAUUACCCGAAAAUAAUUUUGAUAACCAUAACCUCUGAUUUUUUAAUGAUUUAAAAUUUAAAAAUUACAUUUUACUGAUUUUUCAUGGAACUGUUGUGCUAGACAUUCUUUUUAAAUAAGUAUGAAAUAGAAAAUAGGUUUUAAAAGACUUGAACAAGAUUUUUACCAAUAUGGUUAUUACUUCACUUUCUUUUUUCAUAUAAUCCAUUAGGUUCUAUAAAAUUAUAAUACUUGUAGAUUGGCUUUGAAUUUCUGAUGAAAUAAGUGAGUCACCAUUUGAAAUAAUGUUACUGUGGUGUUUUCUGAUGCGAUUUUUUGGCUAUUAGCCAUUUGCCACAUAGAAAACUGAAAUGAAGUAUGUGUUGUAGUAUUUAUAUUUGAUAACACAAUGUUUUUACAAAACUAAUUGUUUUAAAACUUAUUUUUUUUUUUUCAUUCCUUAAUUGAUUGCUUUACCCCAUAAAGCAGUUAAAAUGUUAUUUAUUGAUAACAAAAAAUAAUAAACAUCCAAAAUUUC